AUGAGUCACUUGUCAAGAUGGGUGACUUUCCUCUGGAUUGUAAAUGCCAUUCCUUUAUCCAUAAGCAUGGCAGUGAAUGAGAGGAUAGAUCACUCAUGUCCCCCGCUGAGGUUGGAGGACAGGUGGCAUUUGCACAGUCUGGGCGGAUAUCAUGAGUUCACAGGUUUUGAUUUGGCAGAAAAGUUCCUUCUUCGAAAAGGAACAGUGACAGAAGAAAGACCAUUAUUCCGGCUGGGAAGCAAGCCUCUCAUUAAACCCACAGAAUUGGUGUUUCCUAAUGGCUUCUCUAGUGAAUACUCACUUGUUUCCACGUUCCGACUAAGGAAGACCACAAAGAAAGAUCGCUGGUACCUCUGGCAGAUCUCUGAUAAAUCUGGAGGAUCACAGGUGUCUUUGGUUUUGGAUGGUGCAAAGAGAGUGGUUGAGUUUUCAGCCAAGGGCCUGUUAAAGAACAGUCUCCACUUUGUUUUUAAAAGCCGAGACCUUCACACUCUUUUUGACCGCCAGUGGCACAAGCUGGGCGUGUCCGUGAAGAGUAGCUCUGUGUCUGUGUACAUGGACUGUAAACUGAUUGAGCAGAAGCUGACGGAUGAAAAGGACAUCAUCGAUACGAGUGGACGCACCCUCAUCACUACACGGGUGGAGGACGGCAGGCCAGUAGAUAUUGAGCUGCAAGAGAUUCUGAUAUUCUGUGAUCCUAAAGUAGCGGAGUUGGACAGAUGCUGCGAAGCCACAGGAUCAACAUGUGAGUCUAAAGAAGGGCAUGACACUACAGCCGCUCCCCUGGUCACCGGCUACCUGCCCAGAAUGCUUUCAAAGCCGGCCCAGAAGUAUGAAGACAGAUGCCAGUGCUUGGCUGAAAAGGGUGAACCAGGCCUUCCAGGACUGGCGGGAAUUCCAGGACAAAAAGGGGAAAAAGGAGAGAAGGGAGACGCAGGAGAGGACGGGCUCCCCGGCAACCCAGGGGUGAAGGGUGAUGCAGGUACAGCUGGUUCACCUGGCACAGAUGGAACCCCAGGGAAUAAGGGUGAACCUGGGUUAGAUGGAGCUAAGGGGAUCGAUGGUGAAAAGGGUUUGAAAGGUGAUCCAGGACCUCAAGGCCCACCUGGUCUCAAAGGUGAUAAAGGUCUCCCAGGCAUAGCUGGAGAAAAGGGAGAACCUGGGAUGCCAGGUCAGCCAGGGCCGCCAGGAAAAGAGGGCAAAAGGGUGAGUAAACGGGAGCAGGCCCCUGCCUGUGUGGGCUGGGCUGGGGGACAGAGGGGGAAGGCAACAGCUGAGGGAGCAGGGAGGAGGGUCCUGGGUGGCCCUAGCCUGAGACAGGCAGGCAGGGGAUGGAAUGCUAAUGCAUGA